AUGUCUAACCAACAGAGUGCGUGUACUCAAAGAGAAUCUUUCGGUCAAAAAAUGGCCAACCUUUACACAUGGAACAAGAUAUGUGUUUUGAGUAUGAAUGCAAUAUACCUUUUGAGUAUCUUCCAAGACUUUUAUGAUGCUGGAAAUCAUAUAAUCGAAGGAAAAUAUUCGACUGAAGGUUAUCGUGCUAUUCCUGCAGGCGCAGUGGUCACUAUCAUAACCAGUUCCAUAAUGAUGUUCUGCCUCUUAUUCGACAUGGUCGUCAUGUCUACCAAUAAACUCUCCCUGGCUUAUCACUACUGGAGACCAGGCCUUUUCUUCUUUGCUGUCAACUGUAGCGGCAAGGGUAUCAAUAUGAUGCGUAUGUUGUUGAACAGCAGCGAAUAUAUCCGUGAUUGCGAGUAUAAAAUCAUCUCUGUCGAGUUAUCUCCUCACUCGCUUGUCUCCACAAUGUGCCACAUUGAUGUCAGGCUAACCAAUUUGACGGCAGCAAUGGCCCUCGUACGCGAUGUAUCGAUAUGCGGACUUUAUGUUGUACUUUCUCACAUGCAUCUUGCCAAGCUUGUUACCCGUCUGAAAAAGCAACAAUCAACCGUAAUGGACAUGCCGUUGACACUCAUUCGAUAUCAGACACCAAGAAUAAACGGCACUUCAAGUCCUACCUUUAGUGAAGCCCCUACACUAAUUGACAAUCGAAGAUAA